GAAAAAAGAUACACGAACAUGCUAGAACAAUUUAUCAUCCUCUAUAUAAUAAUAUUGGGGGUUUCUCUUUUCACUAUCCAGUUCUUCUACACCCUUUCUGUCAACGAAUUAUGAUUUAUGAGUAUAUAACAUUAAGAUUUAAUAAAAACGAUAGGCAAUCAUCCUGUCAGCAUUUAAAUUCAAAUCAGACGAUUAGUUAAUCUUAUUGGCCUUUGCACAUACAAUAAUAUUUUUAUACUCCUCCUCUGGUAAUAUCUGACAUUCUACUGUACAUAUUAAAAUAUUACGAUAAAUUUGACUUCAAGAAAAAUCGAUUACCAGUUCGUUGGAUUAUUUCCAAGUGCGGAACAACAAUAAGCAGUAGCAUUAAAGAAGAAAAUAACAAUAGCCCGAAAAACAAACCAUAAACUAUCCAGUGGGAAUAUAGUUCAUUGUGCUUUCAAAAUCUUCUAGAAACUGAAGAAUACUUUGUAUGAAGGCAGAUUUUUCGGGGAAAUAAACUAACAUAUUUUCAAAGGAACCACCAAAACACAUAGACACAUGUAUAAAUAUAGAAAUGAUUUAUUUUUAAGUAAUUGUAUGAAUUACUACUUUUGAUGAUAUAUGUUGGCAAAAUGUCGGUUUGGUUAACUGCUAUACCAUUUUUAUGUUUACUUACAUUUAGUGCACAGCUGAAGGAUUUACUUAUCACAGAUGCACCAGAUGAAAUUCUUCCACCGGAUCCCAUAUUACAAUCACAAGAAACUAAUGAAGCUAGACGUUCACAACAAUCCCAACAGCAACAAGAUCCAAACUUAGUGAACAGAUUAACUAAAAAUAAUCAUAUGCCUGAAGUUUAUCGGCAUCAGUCGAAUUCUGAUUUACGUUUUGUAGAAGGAUCAAAUUCACAGAAUUUAAAUUAUCCAUAUACAAGUAAUAAUAAUUAUGCACACACAGAUUUAAACACAAAUCGUAUUCAAAAUUAUAAUCAUGAUCGACUGAACAAAAGUCAGUUGGAACAAGCAAAUUUAGAUAAUAAUAAUAAUAUGAUAACAUCAGAGACAUUUGUUGGUCCUGAUGGUAAAUUACAAAUGAGUAUAUGUGAUCAUCCAAAUGGAUUUUUACGUAGACAGAAAAAAUUAUGUCGUCAAUACUUACAUUUAAUGGAAAGUGUAAUACGUGGUUAUUUUAUGGGUUUGAAAGAAUGCGAAUAUCAGUUUUCAGCGCAUAGAUGGAAUUGUCAAGGACAUAAUUUAACUAUUCAGGUACCAAAUAAUAAUGAAAGAAAACAGAAACGUUUAAGAUACCGAGAGUCAGAAUCAAAGAAUGAUAUGGAUAAUUCACAAAGAAAAUCAGUACGUAUACAAACGUACUUAGAUAAAUUGUUAUCAAAAGGUACACGUGAAUCAGCUUAUGUUUUAGCCGUUACAUCUGCGGGUGUAUCACAUGCAGUGACAAAAGCAUGCAGUAGUGGCCUACACGAUAAUUGUGGAUGUGAUCGAACAAUAUAUGAUCAUCCAAGAGAACCAAAUUUUGAAUGGUCAGGAUGUUCAGAUAAUAUACACUUUGGUGCAGCAUUUUCAAGACAAUUUCUUGAUGUACGAGAACGUAAUCGAUUGAAACGUAAUCCAAAAUUGGGAUUAACCAAUUUACAUAAUAAUCAUGUUGGAAGACAAAUGGUAAUAAAUAAAAUGGAAGUUCAAUGCAAGUGUCAUGGUGUCAGUGGAUCGUGUGAAAUGCGUACAUGUUGGCGAUCAUUACCUAAAUUUCGAAAUUUAGGUGCACAUUUACAAGAAAGAUUUCAUGAAGCUAUACAAGUAACCUAUUUAAACAAUCGUCUAGUUUCAAUGAAAGCCUUAGAACAAUUAAGUAAAGAAUCUAAUGGAAAUACACUUCUCCUGUCUCCUUCAAUGAUGCUAUCGUCAGCAUCAUCAUCGUCAUCUGGAAGUGGAACAGCUAACGGAAUGAAUCGGAAUGCAUUAGAAACUUUAAUUAAUUCUGCAUCAUCAUCUUUACCAUCUCCAACAGAAAAUGAUUUAAUUUAUACUAGCGAAUCACCAACCUUUUGUCAUCAUGAUCCACGAUAUGGUAGUAUUGGUACUUAUGGACGUCAAUGUGAUGAAAAUUCACAAGGUUUAAACAGUUGUCAUUAUUUAUGCUGUGGUCGAGGUUUCAAACGACAAUCAUUUGUUCAACAGGAAAGAUGUGACUGUAAAUUUCAGUGGUGUUGCAAAGUUGUCUGUAAAACAUGUCGUAAAACAGUUGUUAUAUCUACAUGUAAUUAAUUAAUAUAUAUACAUAUAUUUACAUAUAUAAUUAUAUACAUAUAUAUAAAUAUUUAUAUAUGAGUACAAAAGUAUCUUUUUACUGUUUAGAAACCACUUUCUUUUUCUCCGUAAAUAUCUAAUCUACUAUCUCUAUAAAAAUACCAUUGGUAUCUAUCCUCUUCUUUCAUUUCCACGCCUUUUGUUGGAGAAAAUCGAAAUGGACAGUUAUUCUCUGUACGAAUUUUAUACAAUAACAACUAUUAAUAAAAGCAAUGAUAACGAUACAUCAACAAAUAUCCAAGAUGAAAAGCACUCAGUACAUCUUAAAAGACUAAUCAUCACUAAUUAGCGCAUUUUUCAAUAUGCGUCAACAAAAUAUGAAAGAUAAAAGCUAACAAUAACAGUAACAAUAUUACUAAUUAUAAUUCUUGAAGAAUGAUCUGUUUAGUGAAUUCACUAUGGAAAGAAUAGAAAAGAUGCUUGACAAAAAGAUGGAACACGUAAUCACAGUCCAUCUAUUGUAUCGUAUCUGUCAGUCCCUUUUUAUCUCUACUAUUUCUUAUUGUAAAUGUUCACUUCCUAAUAAUACUAACAAUAACAAUAAUAAUAAUGAUAACAUGUGUAUAUUCUGUCUGAACUCAUACAGUUAAUUCAAUCAUAUCUCAUUAUUUACAAUGUUUAUAUUCUCUAUGCAAAAAGCACAAAUGAAAAGACUUUAAAAAAACAAAAACGAACACAAUACUGCAAGUAAUCAUUAUACGAAUUCAUCUGUUUUAUUAUUCACUUUGAUCUAUUCUCUAUACAAAUAUAUAUACAUAUAAAUACGGGU